AUGGCGUCGAACUAUACGCCUGUUUGCGCAUACAUGAAGGAAAAUCAUCAACACACGGCAUUCAGUCGUUUGAAGGAGAUAUUCAACACACCGCACUAUGUCGAACGACGAGUGGAUCAAAGUGUCGUGGAGAUCGUCAUCGCUCGAAUUACAGCCGCCAUCAGAGAAACCGGCUCCAUUGAGACAUAUUCGGCCGAGUUGGUCGACGUGCUGGACAGCUGCCUGAGGCAUCCGAUGACCGUGUUGAAUUCUGAAGGCGAAUACGUCGAUUCGCCUCACUGCAAAAUUGCCUCCGACUUGCUUAGUAGCCUUUUUCUGCACUACGCGAAGCGCUCAGUAAUGACGUUGACGUUGCCUGUAGCGAUGAAAGCUGUUGGAUCGUCAAAUCAGGAGCUGGUCCGCAAUACCACCAGUUAUAUUUCACUUGCCGCCAUUCAUAACGGCAAAGCACUGUCACAUUAUGCUCUGCAGAUCAUCGCCUAUAUUAUUAAUGGUAAUCAUGCAUUAUUACGAGUACUACCACAAGUCUAUGCGGACAAUCGUGAACCGUUUCAUGCUCAUAUACCACAAUUGUUGUCAGUACUGAGGGAUGCUGACUGCUCGGAGAAGCUUUCGCUCCUCCAGUUGGCCAGUAUGAUCGCUAAUGAGAAGCCAGAUCUAUUGACACCGUACCUAUCACAAUUCGAUCAGUACCUAUUGUCACCGUCCACCUGCACAGCAGUACUGAACAUUUAUAUGUCGUUGAUAUCACAAGGUCGAGCUCAUACGCUCGCACCGUUUCUUCCCACCUUGUCAAAAGCAUGCCAGCAGCCGGCGUUCAACGGAAAUCUCGCCACCAUCUACAAGAUCAUGGGCAAUAUCGGACGAGUUUCUCAUCCGUUAGCAUCUGAUGUGUUGGAAGAACUUGUACGAAGUGCACAACAUACGGACGACGAGCAGCUUUUGUCAUCGAUCCUCACGGAAAUUGAAGGUGUCGGCGAGGCGUGGCCUUCAGCUCUUCGGCUUCACAUCGACACAUUGCGUGCGAUUGGACGAGGCUACAACAAGCGGGUAAUCGACCGAAUUCUGGCACUUGUUGGUAAUUCCACACGACCGGUGCUGAAUGGUGACGUGACAAUGAUAACGAUAGCAAAUGGUGAGAAGAACUCGAAUGACUCGUUAUUGUCGAAGACGUUCGCUCGAGUGAACGGUGCCGAGAUCAUAUCCAGCGGUCCCCGAACGGUGUUUCCGGUUUGCGAGAGUCCGGCCGACAGUUCUGCACUGGAACUUGACCGUAACACUCAUUCGCUGGCCAUGCAGUACCAGAAUCGAAGUAGUGGAUCGUUACCACGACGAGCAGGUCAUGGCAGUGCUUCGCAGUCUUUACAA